UCCCAUCAUGGAGCGUGUGUCCAUGUCUUUUGUCGAGUAUAAAAUCUUCCCCACUCAACCGUCCCAGGACUGCCUAACCUUGAUGGCCGAGUGCUUGAAAGUGUGCCAGCCCUUCCUUCACAAAUACAUCUGGCAUAUGGAACCAUUCCGCCUUAAACCAGUCCAAGAAGAGCAUCUCUAUGGCAAAGUCUACGUGGGAGAUAAUGUGGAGGACGAGUGGUUCAUCAUCAGUUUACUGAAAUACCUCUCCUACCAACUCCCAGACUCGAUUGUCAUUCGGGUUCUGGAUGAAGAUGGCGAGAUCCUCUUGAUUGAGGCGGCCGAUCAUCUGCCCUCUUGGGCCCAGGAACCCGAUUUGGCCGAGAAACGUGUCUACCUCUACCAAGGUCAAGUUCACCUGAUACCCAUCUCAGAUCGACCCUCAUCACUGACACCUCUCCCGAGUGGCGUGCCUCGGGAAGGGGAUGCCGUGAAAACGAUUGUGGCCUUCAGUCACAUCACUCGAGCCUCGCCCGAGGUUCAAGAGUGCAUCGAUCGGCGAUUGGGCUCCUAUCCGAGGGACUGGAGCUCAGAGUUGCACUACUGUCACUUGGUGGUGCCCAAAGUCAUUGCUCAUGUUCUGCGUGAGAGCCCUCAGCUGAUUUCCCCAGCCAUUCAAAAAUUGCAUGACCUCGAUCCCCAAGACUCGAGGAUGAUUCAGAAAAUGGAACGGUUUCCUCAAGGACCUGAAAAAGAUCUCGUGACUGUGGGGAUGGGCAUUCCCCGAUGUUUGUAUGCCAUGUUGAGUGGAUCGAAGAUCUUUCCGUACAAGAAAUCCGACUGGACUUUGCCCGGUGCUGAGGACGCUCAAUUCAAAGCCAAGUACCAUGGUUUCAAGGUGGCAGCAGGACUAGAAGUGAUGACUUCAACCCAGCGGAAUAUAUCUCAUCGUAGUGCCAAUGAUCCUGCCUUUGACAAGUUCCUCAAAGCCUUAAACUCACUCGACUACUUUCAAGGGCUUUUGCCAGGAUCCAAAGAAUAUGAACAAUUCAAGGGAAAAGCUCGUGAUUUCUAUCGGCAAGACCACCCAUGUGAUGAAAUAGAGCUUGAAAAUACUCCACUCUAUUCCACCUUAUUCACUCAUGCCUUGGCGACAUUCGACCCGAGCACGCCCAUGAAACCUGAAGACGUUGCUCUAAAGCCGGCAGAUAGUGACAAUUGGCUUGAUAUCAAUCCGAAUGUGCUCGACGAUCUUCUCGCUCAAAGGUUCUUGUCGAAAUCUCGCAACGACGGGACAAAUAUUUCAGAUCUGGAGCACUUUUUACAAGAGUCCUCGGACAUGAAGGGCGUGGAAGGGUCACGAUUGACCCAAGGUACCAAAACCAACGAAGGUGGCAUUUCCUUUGAUUCGAAUUUGUUUGAAAGCGCCCUAGACAAGGUACUGGGAAUGAAUCUGGACUCGACCGACCAUUCCGAUUCGGAUGACAGCGAAUCAGAGCGAGAACACGACGCAAACGAAGACGACAUGAGAGCCUAUUUUGAGGCGCUCGAAGAUCAGUUGAAAGAAUCAAACGUCACCUCGGACGACUUGGACCUGUCUGUGAUGAAAAACCUGUUAAGUUCACUCGAGAACCAAGAAGGCUUUCAAGGCCCCACGAACACUCUAAUAAACUCCAUGCUGAAGGAAAGCUCUUAAACCAACCAACAAAGUUCAUGUCAUUUGUUCCUUUAUAUCUUUCAG